ACGUCAGGCGAAAACUAGAGUUGACGCAUUCAUUCGGGCAGCAGAGUGCAGACACACGGAGAGUCUGAGAGCGGCGGAGCGUUAGCCAGGAACCUCACAGUCUGUCGGCAAACCAGGUAUGGACGACAAGUCAUUCACCAAGGAGUUGGACGGAUGGAUCGAACAGCUGAACGAGUGCAAACAGCUGACAGAGAACCAAGUCAAAGUCCUGUGCGAAAAGGCCAAAGAGAUCCUGACAAAGGAGUCCAACGUGCAGGAGGUGAGAUGUCCUGUUACUGUCUGCGGAGAUGUUCACGGUCAGUUCCACGACCUCAUGGAGCUCUUUAAGAUCGGAGGGAAGUCUCCAGACACCAACUACCUCUUCAUGGGAGACUACGUGGACAGGGGCUACUAUUCUGUUGAGACAGUUACACUCCUAGUUUCUCUUAAGGUAAGGUUUCGUGAACGCAUCACAAUACUCAGAGGGAACCACGAGAGCAGACAGAUCACACAAGUGUAUGGCUUCUAUGACGAGUGCUUAAGGAAAUAUGGAAAUGCAAAUGUUUGGAAGUACUUCACAGACCUGUUUGACUAUCUUCCCCUCACUGCACUAGUAGAUAACCAGAUUUUCUGCCUCCAUGGAGGAUUGUCUCCUUCAAUAGACACUCUUGAACACAUCAGAGCGCUGGAUCGCUUGCAGGAGGUUCCUCAUGAGGGUCCAAUGUGUGACUUGUUGUGGUCGGACCCAGAUGACCGUGGGGGCUGGGGCAUCUCUCCUCGGGGUGCCGGUUACACCUUUGGUCAAGAUAUCUCGGAGACCUUCAACCAUGCAAACGGCUUAACCCUAGUCUCAAGAGCCCACCAGCUGGUGAUGGAGGGUUAUAACUGGUGCCAUGAUCGCAAUGUAGUGACGAUAUUCAGCGCACCAAACUAUUGCUAUCGUUGUGGAAACCAGGCAGCAAUCAUGGAGCUUGAUGACACAUUGAAAUACUCUUUCUUACAGUUUGACCCUGCUCCACGCCGAGGAGAGCCUCACGUCACUCGACGUACUCCUGAUUAUUUCCUGUAAAGUAAUUUUAACAACACCAGGGCUGUUGAGAAAAGCUGGUGGCUGGUGAGAAUGGCAACAUCUUUCACAGAAUCCCCCCCCAUGGACCAAAAAAAAAGUGUGCCACAAUCACAGUGCAGCGGAAACAGUCGCUAUCUUAUCUUAAUACCCACCAUGCUUUCAAGUUUUUUCCUCUUUGUGCAUGAUGUUUUUAACUGCUAGAAAUGACUUGCUAUUAUAAACAAUACAGUUAACAGUACCUGCUGGUUUGUCAGGACAAAUAUGGGCAGUGAAUGAACUAAUGCUCUGAAUACAUGUAAAUAAUGUUUGUGUUGGGAUGUAAAUGAUGAUCCGCGUGUGUUGCCAUAUACAGUAUAUAAGCUGCAGCAUCUUUCACUUGGCAUGGCCUCAGUGUUGCAGUAAAUACAAUGUGAAUUCUUUUCAUUUUUUUUAACUGAAGCUCAACGGUUUACUUUGUGAUUUGAGAAGACGGGAUUCGAUAUCCAAGAUGAAUUUGUUCUCCUUGCACUUUUCGUAUUUGAUUUUUAUCACAUGGCACUGACAACCUACAUCCUUUUUUGUACUCCGUUUUAGUGUUUAGUAGUUCUUUGCUCUGCUGUCUCAUAGGGGAUUUAAUGCUUGUCAUUAAGGUAGCCAAUAUUGGUACAAAUGACGAGUUGUAAAAUUAAUGUUUUGAAACUACAGCUAUAUGAAAUAAAGAGAAAUUGCUUCACCA